CACCCCACCCCCCCCCACCCCCCCCCCCCAGCCCCCACCCCACCCCAGCCCCCCCCCCCCCCCCCCCCCCCCCCCCCCCAGCACCCCCCCCCCCCAGCCCCCAGCCCCCCCCCCCCCCCCCCAGCCCCCCCCCCCGCCACCCCACCCCCCCCAGCCCCCCCCCCCCCCCCCCCCCCCACCCCCAGCCCCCCCCCCCCCCCCCCCCCCCCCCCCCCCACCCCCCACCCCCCCCCCCCCCCCCCCCCCCCAGCACCCCCCCCCCCCCCCCCCCCCCCCAGCCCCCCCCCCAGCCCCCCCCCACCCCCCCCCAGCCCCCCCCCCCCCACCCCCCCCAGCCCCCCCCCCACCCCCCCCAGCCCCCCCCCCCACCCCACCCCAGCGCCCCCCCAGCCCCCCCCCCCCCCCCCCGCCCCCAGCCCCCCCCCCCCCCCAGCCACCCCCCAGCCCCCCACCCCCCCCCCCACCCCCCCCCAGCCCCCCCCCCCCCCCCCCCCCCCCCCCCCCACCCCCCCCCCGCCCCCCCACCCCCCAGCCCCCAGCCCAGCCACCCCCCCCCCCCCCCCCAGCCCCCAGCCCCCCAGCCCCCCCCCCCCCCCACCCACCCCCCCCCCCCACCCCCAGCCCCCCACCCCCCCCCCCCCCCCCCAGCCCCACCCCCCCCCCAGCCCCCCCCCCCCCCCCCCCCACCCCCCCCCAGCCCCCCCCCCCACCCCCCCCCCCAGCCCACCCCACCCCCCAGCCCCCCCCCCCCCCCCAGCCCCCCCCACCACGCCCCCCCCCCCCACCCACCCCCCCCCCCCCCCCCAGCCCCCCAGCCCCCCACCCCCCCCCCCCCCCAGCCCCCCAGCCCCCCCCCCCCCCCAGCCACCCCCCCCCCCAGCCCCCCCCCCAGCCCCCCCCCACCCCCCCAGCCCCCAGCCCCCCACCCCCCCCCAGCCCCAGCCCCCCCCCCCCCCCCCCCCCCCCCCCCACAGCCAGCCCCCCCCAGCCCCCCCAGCCCCCCCCCCCAGCACGUCCCGGCACAUCGCGAUACGCGAGCCAACCAGCAUAACCAGUCAACGGAGCCCAAGAGUUAUCUAA